UUUCUCUCUUGCAUCGCCUGUAUCACUCAGGAGGCAACGAGCUCCCUUCGCUUGGCCACGCUCUUUUUUUCCUGGGGUAUCGGAGUGGUUUGUGGCAUGUUUGUGGCCCCUCCCAUGCUUGAACUCUUGUCUGUCGAGUCCCGCUCAUCUGACCUUCGACCUUUGUCGCAAGGCAUGACCUCUGCAGCAAUUGCACUGUCUCUCACUCUCUCUCUCAACCUGAUAUUCCCUUACACCUAGCGACGACUUUGAUCUCGAAUAAUGGGUACUACAGCUUCUAUCGAGCCUGUCAUUGCUAGGUGUCGCUACUGUUUGCAUCCGCUCCUUUCGUGAAGCCGUUAGUCAAGGACCCCCGAGCCACUUUCUUGUCUCUCCUACAUGUUUGUGUCGGUUCGCAGUCAAGGCCACCGACGCCGCAGUCAUACCUUUGGCGUCAGUAAGGCUGCCCGAUCUUCCAAGCUCUCCCUUCUCUCUGCCAUCACUAGUGGUUCGCAUGGAUCAAACGAUAGCUCGUCCACAAUUACCCCAGAGUCGUAUAGAAAAUCCUCGUCUGCACCAGGAAAGCGACGCCGAUCGUCCUCACACUCCAAGGGCCCACAGAAGCCGAGGGAUCGGAAGGCGUCGUCUUCGGCGAAGACCAAGCCCGAAACCCCCGAAAAAGAGCAGAGCAUGCCGUGCGAGUCGGUCGAUGUCUUUGCUUUCCUAGUGCAAGACGAUGAGCAGAAUGCCACAUCGCUACACGACGAGGCUGCCCGACCCGUCCAGGAUAAAUAUCAUCAAGUCCGCGAGGAAUCAGACAAUGAGAGCGUCAGCAGAAGCCUGAAUUCGGACUCGGGCAUUUCGAUGGGAGAUAGCUUUAUUUGUCGUCCACACACUGAUUCUUUGGUUGACGGCCACCUACCGUCCUUGCCCGAGGAAUCCCAGGAGACAACCGAGUCCGAGCUGCAACUGGCAAAUGACUCGACGACGUACGAGAGACGCCUACGGUUUCAUUGGCCUGCAGUGCCCCGUCCUACUCACACACCAUACUAUAGCAAAGCGGGCAGAAGGACACCUAGCCCCGAGAACCUACGCCGUCGCAGACCAUCCGUCAGUGAAAGUACUCCACAACCACUCAAAGAGACGACUCUUUCCGGGUACGAUCUCGUUGCUCAUAAGCUGACCCACGAAGAACUGCCCCCCGUGUUUCGACGAUUUCAGAAGAGCAACUACCGAAUGUUGCUUCAGUUACAGGAUGAGAUAUCUGAGAUGGAGGAUGAGCUAUCCGUUCUUGAUCAGUCAGAUAGCAGAAGCCGGAUCAAGGUGGACGGUAGCAUGUCGCCAGCGUCUAGACGUCUCAGCUGGGAAUGGACACAAUCUGACCUUCAAAGCCACCGACUGGAGAUCCUUGGAAGACUUUAUAUCAAGCUCGAACAAUACUACCAAGCUCUCCUUUCUGCGCAGAAAGUGCAAAAACUCUCUGCGCCACCAACACACACAGACAUCGAUCGAUUUCGAACGUGGUUGAGAGAUAAUAACCCGCUUUCGGCUCCAGAGUCCAAAUUCCUAGAUCACGAAGAUGACCUGAUUUGCUUACAUGGCAACUCGACGGCCUCGGGUUCUGCAGGAUCGAUCGUCGGAUUUGUUCCCGCGUGCAUAGUGUCCACCACGCUGCUUCCGCUAUUGUGUUUCAAGAUCAUCACUGGCAUCCUCAGCCGACUGAUCAUACUGGUUGUGCUCUUAGCUGUGGAGUUGGGCAGCCUGGAAAAGCUCGAGAAAUCCAAAGGUGGUCAGCAUCAACAAUGGAUUUUUGCAUGUUUUGGCGUCUUGCUCCUGGUGGCUGUGUUCUUGUGAUUGUUCAUAGACGGCCUGGGACACGAGUGGCAGCACUCCGCAUCACGAUAAUGUUCAUGACAGGAUACCCUUUAUUGAAAUAGAA